AUGGGAUAUACAUUGGAGAACUGUCCUGUCGUGUACAGUUGUUGCGGGCGCGUGCCCCUGCGGUAUUCAUGCAUGUUUAUAGCGGUGCUGGGUGUGCUCACAGCAGCUCUACUCAUGUUCAUAUAUUCUGACGCCGGUAAUACUACCGCUAAGGGACUAGGCGUGCCCUAUGCUGCCGUUAAGCCCAUGGACUUCACUUGUUUCGUGUUCGGGGUGCUACUCUGCGCUGGUAACAUCUUACUACUCAUCGCAACCAUUUAUCUAAGCGAGGCACUCUGCGAGCUCUACGUUUGGUUUAUGCUCGUCUAUUUAUUGGUAUUCAUCGUAUGUGGCGUCGCCCUCGUGGUGACCAUGGCGCUAGCUGAUGCUGAUAAGAUAUUGGUGUUUGUGUUGUUUUUAAUAAUAGUCGUUUAUGUCUCAGUAUCUUUAUAUUUCACUGUAGUAGUCGCAAACUUCAGGAUGACAAUACCGUGA